AGACCCAAAUUACGAUUUAUUAUUGGUUAGUGUAAGAAAUCUUGGAAAAACCGCUCUCUCCACCUUCUAGUAGUUCAUGCUGCUGUUACAACAUCACCAAUUAGGAAGGGGAAGAUCUGCUGGUGCUUCAUGAAAUUGAUUACCUCUUACGGUCUCCUCCAAAUGCCUCCUCCUUGUCGGCGCUGUGGUGGCCUUCUGAUGAACAAAUUACGCGCAUCCUCAUCUGAAAAUGCCUCUGAUUAUGAUAUGAAUGCAUUGUUUCAGAUUCUUCCACGUGAUUUGCAUGAUAAUCUUUUGAACAAGUCCAGACAUGCUCAGCUAUUAGAGGUGAUAAUGGAUCUGGGUCAGUUGCCAGAAGCAUGUUACCUUGGUGAAUCUAGCAGGCAGUACUUGAGGGACACUGAGGUAUCAAUGAAAGAGUUGGAGUAUGCACAAAAUGCAGUUGGCGAAUUUGGAAAGGACAACAGAGCUGGCAUUGAGGGUACCUUACAUCGAAUAUCUGCAAUAAGAAACAGGGAGGGGAAGGUAGUUGGUUUGACUUGUCGAGUUGGCAGGGCCAUUAGGGGUCACAUCGACAUGGUUCAAGAUCUGCUUCAAUAUGGAAAAAGCAUCCUGUUUGUUGGAAGGCCUGGCGUAGGUAAGACUACUGUUAUGCGAGAAAUUGCUCGCGUAUUGUCAGAGGAGAUUCAGAAGAGAGUGGUCAUUGUGGAUACUAGCAAUGAAAUUGGAGGUGGCGGAGAUGUUCCGCACCCAGCAAUAGGAGGUGCAAGAAGAUUGCACGUCUCGGAGCCCUUGAUGCAGCAUAGAGUCAUGAUUGAGGCAGUGGAAAAUCACAUGCCUGAGGUGAUUAUUGUUGAUGAGAUUGGCACUGAAGCUGAUGUGAAUGCUUGUCGUUCCAUUGCUGAGAGAGGAGUCAUGCUUGUUGGUACUGCCCAUGGAGAGAGGCUGAAGAAUAUAGUAGAGAAUCCUACACUAUGUGACUUGAUUGGGGGAGUGGAAACUGUCAUUCUAGGGGAUCAGAAAGCCCGAACCAGAAAGUGUAGGAAAACCAUUCUCGAGAGGAAAGCUCCUCCGACAUUUCCAUUUUGUGUUGAAAUGAGGAAAAGACACUACUGGGUUACUCAUCGGACAGAUAGGAGCGUAGAUUUGUUACUUCAAGGGAAAAAGCCACUGGUUGAGGUGAGGAGAAGGGAUAAACAGUUUAAGGUUGUGAUCGAAAGAUGGAAAAUGGAGGACUGAGUGUACUAAUCUCUCUUAAUAAUAUAUUUGUCCUUGUCUCCUUGUUGAUAAUCUGUCUAAUUUGUUUGUCUCCCUUUUGUUCUUGUGAUUUUUAGUGAUUAGCCACACUUUUUUGUGAUUUACAUUUAUUUUUAUUUUUAUCUUGGGGAAGAUCCGAGGAAGUCAUUGGAAACUUGAUGAACUUAGUAGAUAGAAUAAUUUAUGAAGCACUUCUCUUGCUUU